UCCAACAUAUCCAUAACCAAAAACCCUUCCUUUUUUUAAAGAAUCAAUAUGAAGUUGGCUUCAAGCUCAGUUCUAUGCCUUGCAUGGCUUCUCAUCAUGAUGAUGGCCACGUCAGCCCUGUCCCAAUCCGAUGACAACGCCUCCGUGCUCGACACAAACCGCCGUCCUCUUCAACGCGGCCUUGAGUACUACAUCAAGCCCGCCAUAACCGACUCCGGCGGCCGAUUCACUCUCAUCGACCGCAACAACUCCUGCCCUCUCUACGUCGGCCAGGUGAACACGGACUCAGGGGAAGGCAUCCCGGUGAUCUUCACGCCGUAUGCCGGAGAAGACAACGUCGUGAAAGUGAACAGGGACUUCAAGGUGGCAUUCUCGGCCGGCACCAUAUGUGUUCAAUCAACAGAAUGGAAGGUCGGCGGGAGGGACAGGACGAAUGGAAGAAGACUUAUCGUGACUGGUGGUACCAAUGGUGGUCGUGAUUAUAGUAACUACUUUAGGAUUGUGGAGACACAGUCCGAAGGAAUCUAUAAUAUUCAAUGGUGUCCUACCGAAGUGUGUCCCACUUGUAGGUUCGAUUGUGGGACUAUCGGUGGAUUACGUGAGAAUAGGAAGAUUCUGGGGGCUUUGGAUGGUAAUGUUCUUCCUGUUGUGUUUGAGAGGAGGGCAUAAUCGUCAUUAUUGUUAUAGUUUUCUGAAUCGAUUUGUUUAGUAUUUGGGUUAUUGUUGUUGGAAGGAAUAAUUGGGGUCUAUUGAUUCAUCCUAAUUAGCAGAAUAAAUGGAUGAAAAGAAGAUAUCAUGUCUUUUGUUGUAAUAAUGUAGCAUAAUGAAGCUCCAAAUUGUCUUUUAUGA